AUGGCUAUUUGUGGAUUGAAGACGACCUGUUAGUGCAAGUUCUACUGCUGUUUGUAUUGUACGAUGCAAGUCUGGUUUUGCCUUGGACCAUGCUGCAGAAUUUUUGGUAGUUGACUAGAUGAUAUGGAACUGAUUUGGCAUUCUGUUAACAGUUUGUGAGCAAACGUUGAUUUGUCUUUUCUACUUAAUAUGGUACUCAUGACAUUGUCACUUCGAGUCAAAGUUUACAAUGACUUUAACCUGUUGGUAUCUCUUUGGAAGCUUUAUUCAUCUGUCUUACUUUGCAUUGUUCAGACCAAACCGUGGCUUAUUCGACAGGAACACAAAACUACUAUACACAAACCAAUUCGACGCUUUAAUGGACGCGGUUCAUUCGGCAAUGAAGGCUCUUGGAUAUGGUGAUGUUGAUAUCGCUGUUGGUGAAACGGGUUGGCCUUCUGUUUGUGAUGGUUGGGAUGCUUGUAGUGUGGCUAAUGCUCAGAGUUAUAAUGGUCAGUUGAUUAGGCAUUUGGCGGAAGGGAAAGGGACACCAUUAAUGCCGAAUAGACGGUUUGAGACUUUUAUUUUUGCGUUGUUUAAUGAGAAUCAGAAACCUGGUCCUAUUGCUGAACGUAAUUGGGGACUCUUUCAACCUGAUUUCUCUUCGGUUUAUGAUGCUGGAAUCCUGCGUAACGGACAGAAACCAGUAGCACCGGUAAAAGGAGGAGGAAAAACGCCAACGCCGCGUCCGGUAGUUGGAGGGCAGAAAUGGUGUGUGCCAAAGGCGGAUGCGAGCCCUGGAGCAUUACAAGCGAAUAUAAACUAUGUUUGCAGCCAAGGAAUUGAUUGCAAGCCGAUCCAACCGGGAGGAGUUUGUUAUGCUGCCAACAAUGUUAAGGCAAUUGCCACUUAUGCGAUGAAUGCUUACUAUCAGGCUAAUGGAAAACAUGAUUACAAUUGCGACUUCUCGCAUUCCGGUGUUACUACUUCAGUUAAUCCAAGUCAUGAUAAUUGUAGAAUCUGAGGAUGUUUGGAGAUAGAAAAAGGCCGUUGGUAUUGGCAUUGGCAUAGGCAUAUUAGAGGGAAAAUGCAGUUGAUGUGGCUUUGAGUUAGUAGUGACUAUGCAUUCAUGUACUUGGUUAUUUAGUUUGUAUAUUAUAUUAUGGAAAAUUGAUGUUAACGUUGGCAUGACAUUUCAUGCUUUGAUUAAAUAUAUGUUAUGUGUUUCGGUGA